AUGAAGGUCACCUCCGCUGACCCCGCCGUGGAGAAGGAUGCCGGCGAUGGUGUCAAGGCGUGGAAUUCAGGUGGCAACCAACUUUUGGCCAGAAGGGUCAUGCAAUUCACCAUGUUCCUUGUUGGGUUUGCUGUGUUGUGGAUGUUUCUCUAUAACUCUGCUUCUCCUUUUGGAUUCCCUACCUUCUCACAUUACUUCAUUGAUGACUCAGCAAAAGCAGAAUAUGAUCCAAAGCUAGAGAGUAUUCUUAAAAACGCAUCUAUGAAGGAUAAGACAGUCAUAAUCACAACUCUAAAUGACGCAUGGGCAGAGCCAGGUUCCAUAUUCGACCUCUUUCUUGAGAGUUUUCGCCUAGGGAACCAGACAAAGAAGUUUUUGAAUCACUUGGUGGUAAUAACUUGGGACCGAAAGGCACAUGCUCAUUGCCUUGUUUUGCACAAGCAUUGUUACCAUCUUGAAACUAAAGGUGAAAAUUUCACCGGUGAAGCAUUUUUCAUGACCGCAGACUACCUAAACAUGAUGUGGAGAAGAAUUGAAUUCCUCGGUUCUGUGCUUGAUAUGGGGUACAACUUUGUGUUCACGGAUACUGAUAUAAUGUGGCUUAGAGACCCUUUCAAGCGAUUUUACAAAGAUGCAGAUUUCCAAAUAGCUUGUGAUUUUUUCAACGGCAAUUCAUAUGACUUAAACAACUAUCCAAAUGGAGGGUUUAAUUAUGUUAAAUCCAAUAACCGAACUAUCAGGUUCUACAAGUUCUGGUUCAACUCUAGGAGAUCCUAUCCCAAGUUGCAUGACCAGGAUGUGCUCAACAAGAUUAAAAAGAGCUCCUUCAUUUCCAACAUGAAGCUGAAGAUUAGGUUCCUCACCACUGAUUAUUUUGGAGGGUUUUGUCAGCAUGCAAAGGACUUCAACAAGGUCUCAACAAUGCAUGCCAAUUGCUGUGUUGGUUUAGAAAACAAAGUCAGUGAUCUCAAAAUUUUGCUUGAGGAUUGGAAGAAGUAUGUGGCACUGCCUGAAAAUGAGAAAAAACAGUCUUAUCCUUCUUGGAGCGUAAGCUGCAGGUAA